AUGGCCCGACGAUGGCGGAGUUUGAUCAGACGCUGGCAUUGCAACCUAAAGCCCAGGAGUACUUUUGGUGGUCGACGGUGGUCUGUAGCGCAUCCCCCUUCGUUCAAUGCCGCCUUUGGGAGUACUGCGUCUAAGCACCUUGGAGAAGACUCCCCUGUCGACUCACGUCCAAUUGGCGCGAAACAUCGAUACAAACCCGACAGGGUUCGUGCGUCCGACUCGGAUGCCCACAAGACGGACAAAUGGAACUAUCUGCCGGAUGUUCACGCACGGAAUCGCUCAUGGGUGUCGCUUGCGGCACUCGAGGUGCAGAAGCGCUUGAAGCAUGCCGAAGCACGUCCCGUCGAUAUCCUACGAAGCAGCUUGGAGGCGAGAGCAAUCGAUAUAAGCACAAUCGAGGUCUGUUUGGCGCACCAUUUCAAGCAACUAAGCGCAGUGUCCAAGAAGGAGAUGUCUGACUAUGCCUGCGCGCAACCUGUCGCGGCUCUGAUUAUUCAAUACCUGCUGCAGAAUUACGAUGCUUGGCUUCACUUCGUUCUGCGUCGUGGUGAGGCGAUGAUAUGGCUUACUUACUCCGCCGUUGCUGAAGGACUUGAAGACAUACUUCUGGACUGGGUCAAAGUCGACAUUGAUGAGACCAAGGCUGAGACGGCAAUUGGUCCGAUGUGGUAUGUCUGGCGUGGGCUGUUCUUUCGCUCCGUGAUUCAAGCGCACCUUCGCCAUGCUCAAUCCGUCUCCGCGGACCGCGCUCUACAAGUCUUCAUUGAAAUGCUGGAAGCCCUGCAGCAGAGGAUACGCUCUUAUGGCCCUCAGUGGCUCACACUAUCGCUAUACCCAGCUGCGGUCGAGUUGGUAAAAGCGCUCUGCCGACCAGGAUGGACAAAGACCGAUCCGGCCCUACAAAUGGAAGUGGCCGUUCUGCAUUUACGACACCCGACGACGCCAAACCCUGGGCCCGCCAUUACUCUUUUCAAGCGGCAGUUCGAUGGCAAGACCAAGCAAGAAGCUAUAGCCUCGCUUCCACCUACGCAUGCCAAAGGUUUGCGGGAAGACGCACUGUGGCUCGAAGAUAAAGCUUCCGAAAUCUUCCCUCGCCCCCAGAAGAUCUUCAGGUUUGGGAAUAUGCAGAAGGGCAAGAUCAAGGUGGUCGAAGGGGAGAUACCACCUAAAGAUGCUGCUAUGUUUCCCGACAGACUCACACGAUCAGGUACUGACCAAGACGGCGGUGUACGGAGCGAUGUCGGAAGCAGAAGCAUACGCAAGAUCUCAUACUAG